AUGCUGCGAUAUUGGGGGGAGAUUCCGGUGUCAUCUAACCAGGCCAACCGCAGCUCCUUUGACCUGCUCCAGCGUGAGUUUCGUACUGUGGAAGUCCAAGAUCCUCCAUUGCAUCAGCCAUCCGCAAACAAACCCCGGCCGACCACCAUGCUGGACAUCCCCUCGGAGCCCUGCAGCCUCACAAUUCACACCAUUCAGCUCAUCCAGCACAACAGGCGGCUGCGCAGCCUGAUCGCCAUGGCUCAGGCCCAAAACCAGCAGCAAGCAGAAGGCAUAAAAACUGAAGACAACGAACCGCUGCCAUCUUGUCCGGCCUCUCCACCUCUCCCCGAUGACUUGCUUCCUCUGGAUAGCAAGACCCCCAAAAUGCCAUUUCAGCUGAGGCACAGUGACCCAGAGAGUGAUUUCUACAGAGGAAAAGGGGAGCCAGUGACUGAGCUGAGUUGGUCCUCCUGCCGGCAGCUUCUCUACCAGUCAAUGGCCACCAUCCUGGCUCACACAGGCUUUGAGUGUGCCAACGAGAGCGUCCUGGAGACCCUGACAGACAUUGCCCAUGAGUACUGCUUGAAGUUCACCAAACUGCUGCGCUUUGCUGUGGAUCGAGAAGCUCGACUGGGGCACACCCCGUUCCCUGAUGUCAUGGAGCAGGUUUUCCAUGAAGUGGGCAUUGGCAGUGUGCUCUCGCUGCAGAAGUUCUGGCAACACCGCAUUAAGGAUUAUCACAGCUAUAUGCUUCAGGUUAGCAAGCAGCUCUCUGAAGAGUAUGAGAAGAUUGUCAACCCUGAAAAAGCAGCAGAAGACACAAAGCCUGUGAAGAUUAAGGAGGAACCUGUUAGUGAUAUUACUUUUCCUAUAAGUGAGGAGCUUGAGGGAGAUCUGGCUUCUGGUGACCAGUCUUUGCCUGUUGGAGUCCUUGGAGCUCAAAGUGAGCGCUUCUCUGCCAACUUGGAAGUAGAAGCUUCACCACAGACUUCAGGGGCUGAGGUGAAUGCUUCCCCACUCUGGAACUUGGCACAGGUAAAAAUGGAGCCACAGGAAAAUGAGGAGGCCAAUGUACAUGGCCACGGGGUCCUAGGCAGCGAUGUCUUUGAGGAACCGAUGUCAGGCAUGAGUGAAGCUGGGAUGCCACAGAGCCCCAAUGGCUCUGAGAGCAGCUACGGUUCUCAUUCUGCUGACAGUCUGAUGGGAUCCUCACCUGUCUUCAACCAGCGCUGCAAGAAAAAGAUGAAGAAGAUGUGAAAAGAGAGAGCCUUUUUAUUUAAUCCUGGUGGUAUGCAAUAGACUUGAAACAAAGUAAGAGAACACUGAGAUAGCUGUGAUUCAUAAAUAGGGCUGGCCCUGGUGUGUGAGGGACCUUGCAUAACAUUAUUAUGAGACAUUGGAUGUGUAGUGCACUUCAGCUCCCCUCUUUGCUGGCUUCUGUAUUGCAUCCUGACUUACGAGUUUGAAGAUCACCCUAUACAUUUGAUGGUGUCAUGGCUUGC